AUGUGGGACGCCUCUUCAGGUGAAAGUCGCGGUGGAGCGGGGGCGGGGCCAACCGCUAUAACGGGCCUGCAAUUAGAGGGCAGGGUGGGUCCGGGGACCGACGCCCUAUCAAGGUCCCGGUCAGGUACCAACGGCGGUGCUGGUGCUGGUGCUGGUGCUGGUGUUGGUGCAUUUGGUCCAGGUGUUGGCGGUGCUGGUGGUGCAAUUGGCCGUCGGACGAACAGCCUGAAAACGACGGGCAGCCCUCAAAAGAAGUUGACGCCGCCGCCGCAGCUACGCGAGAGGAAUCUUCUCAAGUCUGGUUCUGUCUCCGUCACCGGUUCUCUCUCUUCCGUCACUGGCUCCGUCACGCGCGAACGCGACCUGGAAGGUCACCUUGGACAACUUGGAGCUCAUCCCUACCACCGCCAAUCAUCCACUUCAACAUCCCAGCAGCAGCAGCAGCAGCCACGACACCAACACCACACGCCAACUUCCACGACAACAACACAACAAAUCAGGGUGCAUCUACGAGGAGGAGGAAGUGCCGGCCAACAUCACCAGCAGUACCAACCCGUCCAGCCAUAUCAGUAUCAGGUCCCCGGACAAAGAGGAGGAGGACCACCACCAGCUCCAACAUCCGGAGCAGCAUCUCGAAGUCGAGACACCAUUGCCAACUACAACAGGCUCCGUCGCGAGACCCAGCACAGCUCCACGAGCACUUUGCACCACCAGAACUACUGGCCCGAUAACUUUCGCAACCCGCACGGCGGACUCGGCAUUGAGCACAACAACAACAACAAAGCAACCACCACGAGAUCGAAUUCGACAGCGACAAACCCGAGGAGCGACACUCAGUCCCGAACCGGUGGCAUCCAGAAACGUGCCCUCGAAGAGAGUGGUGUUGCUGAAGAGUGA